AUGGCUGCUCCUCGAGAGAUUACCAUUGAAUGCCUCACCGGCCAUUGGGUUCUGAACAAGGACCUAACCAGCGAGACAGACCCUAUCCUAAAACUGCAAAAAGUACCUUGGUUGAUCCGCAAGGCAUUCGGAUUCGCAACAAUAUACAUCCAAAUCUCGCAAUACCAAACACCAGCCUCUGAAACGAGCCAGCCAUCAACAAACAUCGACUUCAACCAAACAGCCACUGCAGGCCUAGCCGCAACCAAAGAAGAGCGCGUCUUGGACUGGAAAAUAUCAGACCACGAGGACUACUUCUUCGGAAAGGUCCAAGCACAGAGUGAAUUCGUUCACGGUGUCAUUGAUGCAGACGGAAUCGUAAGGCCUGGAUUUGAGAUUCAGACGGACAAUGCCAAUGCGCAGGUAAAGCAGUACUUGCGAGGUGAGAUCGAGGCGGAUGGGAGGAAAUCCCCGGGUUUUACAGUUGAGGAUUGGAGUGGGAUGUUGGAAGAGGGGCCUGGGCUUUGGGUACAUACUUUUGAGAGGAAUGUUAAGUCUGGAUGGACGGCGGAGCAGAUUUGGGGGUUUGAGAUGUUCGGAGACUCGCGAUACUUCUCUCGUCGAGUAGUGAUCAUGACGACGAAAGGAGAAUAUAUAUGUGGGAGAAUUGUGUUUGAUUUUGUAGGUGCUUAA